AUGAAGUUCCUAUUGUCGCGUCUUCUCGGCGCCUGGGAACUGGUCUCAUAUUCCGCAAGCAGACUCGACAACGCUGCGGAUAUCCAGUACCCUAUGGGUCAGAAUUGUAAAGGUCAAAUCACAUACACUGAUGACGGAUACAUGUCGGUUAUCAUUCAAUCCGACGACAUCGACGCGUCCAAAUCAGGCAAAGCGGAUAGCACCAUGAAGGACACCACGGACGAUGCCAGCAAGACCUUGUGCUAUUGCGGUCCUUUCUAUUUCAACGAGAAGAAAUCGCUCCUCCUUCAUCACGCCAAAGUCGGACUCCCUCUUGAAUGGCACGACACAAUUCAGGUUCGGGCGGCAGAGAUGAGAGAGAUUGAUGGAAAUGUAUACUUGACACUCGGCCCGGCAGAGCCUCUGGAGCAGAACGGCAUCAGGAGGCUCGUUCGGCUGCUUUGGAAGAAGCUUCCCCAAAAUGAACCAAACAGUUUCUCCGCAGGUGUGGAUCUUUCAGACAAGGUCUUCAUGGGUGGGAAAUCGCACUACUAG